AUGGCGCUAGAGUGCAGAAAGCCCGCCGCUGCUCCCUACCCCAAGGGUGGCAAGCCGGUCAAGGCCCAGAAGAACCCUCUCUUUGAAUCCCGCCCGAAGAACUUUGGUAUCGGUCAGGACAUCCAACCCACCCGCGACCUUACCCGUUUCGUCAAGUGGCCCGAAUAUGUUCGCCUCCAGCGCCAGAAGGUUAUCCUUCACCAACGCUUGAAGGUUCCCCCCGCAAUUGCUCAGUUCGCCCACACGCUCGAUAAGAACACCGCUACUCAACUCUUCAAGCUGAUGCACAAGUACCGCCCGGAGAGCAAGAUCGAGAAGGCUGCCCGCCUGCUGAAACUUGCUGAGGAUGCUGCUGCUGGAAAGAAGGAAGAGAAGUCUGCCGACAAGAAGCCCCUCUUCCUCAAGUACGGUCUGAACCACUGCGUUGCCCUCAUCGAGGCCAAGAAGGCAUCUCUCGUUGUCAUUGCCGACAAUGUCGACCCUAUUGAACUCGUCGUCUUCCUCCCCGCUCUCUGCCGCAAGAUGGGUGUCCCCUACGUCAUCGUGAAGGAGAAGUCCCGUCUCGGCACCCUCGUUCACAAGAAGACCGCCGCUGUCGUUGUCAUUGAGGAGGUUCGGAGCGAGGAUCAGAAGGAGUUCGCUACCCUGGUCUCAGCCGCUAAGGCGAACUUCACUGAUAAGUACGAGGACCAGCGUAGGCAUUGGGGCGGUGGUCUCCGCGGUGCCAAGUCAACAGAGAUGAUGCGCAAGCGGGCAAAGGCUGCUGGCACAACCAUGGCCGUGAUCACCGGUGAUGCGAAGGCAUGAGAGGUUUUGAUAUUUUGGGGUUACUAUGUUACUACACCAAAAUAUGCUAAGUAUGGCAUUACACUGGCACCAUGACAAUCAUGCAAUUUAUUGCAAUUCUGU